GCCGAUAUUAGCCAUAUUGUAGCUACAGCAUUUGGUUUUGUGCCAUUAAUAAGAUGGCUUCCCCGAAAAGACAAACACGAUUCUCGCGAGUGAGGAAAAGAUCUGCCUAAAUUUCCGCGAGAGCUUCCGCGAUCUCCACGUCUCCAGGCUGCAAUAUCCUGGUUUGCAGUUUAACAUUAGUGUGUUUGCGAGCACAGUGGUACGAUUGGAACACAUAGUAACUGCUGUCUCUGUGUUUUGUUCGAUAAAUAAACAUCAUUACAUGUUAGUCGACAGACGUCAGUGAAAAUUGUCUUGAAAAAUAAGAAUCUGAGCAACCACGAAGAUGUCAACAACAGAAGCAAACAAGAACACAAGCAGCACAGAGUCGUGGGGAGGCUUCGAUGACAACCCGAUUCAGUGUGCUGGCUCUGCGGUGAUCGACAUGGAGAACAUGGACGACACCUCGGGGUCCAGUUUUGAGGACAUGGGGGAGAUGCAUCAGCGAAUAAAAGAGGAUGAGGAGGUGUCGGAGGAGGCAGCAGCGACGGAGGAAGGGGAUGACGGAGAGUUCUUGGGCAUGAAGGGGGUCAGGGGGCAACUUGGCCGCCAGGUUGCCGAUGAGGUAUGGCAGGCUGGUAAGAGGCAGGCGUCAAAGGCUUUUAACCUGUAUGGCAACAUCGACAUCCUCAGACCCUACUUUGAUGUUGAGCCUAUCCAGGUCAGGAACAGGUUAUUGGAGUCUCUUAUACCUGUCCGAAUUGUUAACUUCCCACAGAAAAUUGCAGGAGAACUGUAUGGCCCACUGAUGCUGGUUUUUACAUUGGUUGCCAUUCUCCUGCAUGGAAUGAAGACAUCUGGAACUGUCAUUAGAGAAGGCACAUUGAUGGGCACAGCCAUAGGCACCUGUUUUGGAUACUGGCUUGGCAUCUCCUCCUUCAUCUAUUUCCUGGCGUACUUGUGCAAUGCUCAGAUCACUAUGUUGCAGAUGUUGUCACUUCUGGGUUAUGGUCUGUUCGGACACUGUGUUGUUCUGUUUGUGACCUAUAGUGUUCACUUCCAUUCUCUUUUCUACAUCCUGUGGUUAGUCGUUGGAGGACUCUCAACACUACGUAUGGUUGCUGCUCUGAUUUCCCGCACUGUGGGGCAUACACCUCGUCUCAUCCUGUGCGGGACCCUCUCUGCUCUGCACAUGCUCUUUUUGCUUUACCUGCACUUUGCCUAUCAUAAAAUUGUCGAAGGUAUUUUGGACACCCUGGAGGGCCCCAAUGUGCCCCCGUUUCAGCGAGUUGCCCGCGACGUCCCUGAAGUUUCAGUGGCCUUGGUGAACGCCACAGUAAAGACGAUCGGCGUCGCUCUUCAGUCCUAUUAAUCAAGAAAAUGAGCUCUGGAAACUACACAAGCAGAGAUUUACAGUCCAUCUUUGACAAAGAGUUCAGUUCAUAACUGUUUUCGUUCUUGUCUCCAACCUUGUUUUACUUUUGUUUCGUGUUGCUUUAAUUGAGUAACCUCUUUUUGGUAAAGUCAUCAUCUUCUGUUUCAAAAUGCAAAGACCUCAUGUUAUGGUGUUUUAGUACAGUGUAAGAGGUCAAAAACACAAAAUGUAAUAAACCUGCAGCCAUAUAUAUGGAAAUCAUAAGCUGUUCCUGAUGUGCCGUUGGUUGCUUAGUUCUGUUUGUCACUCACACAUCGGUAUGGCUGAUCACAUGGUUGCUUUGCAUCCGAGGCUUACCCAGGACUUGACAGCAGGUCACUAGAGAGCAAGCAAGACACAUAUUUGGGUGCUUGACAUGUGCAGAUAAUGUAAUCUCGCACCUUUCCCAGGUCCAUUAUGUCAUCUGAUUUUUUUUUUUUUGUUUUUCUUUGUGUAUUUAAUAAUAAAACAAAUGUUUGUAUAUUUUAAUCUGUUUUAUCAAGCUGUGUUAUUGAACCAGGAUACAGUAGAUUGCACAUGUAUUGAUCUGCAUUUUUCAGAAGAGUUUGUAUUUUAUUUUGGGGUUUGUUGUUACAUUGGAUUUCUUAGACAAACAAAGUGGGUUUGUGGCACCUAGGUCUAGGUGGGACAUCUUUUUAAGGCUUUGAUGUACAAGUCAGUGUCACUUGUCAAUGCUUCCCAGCAUCUCCCAUUGGACUGCAGUGAAAGUGUAUUCACUGGGACUGUGCUGCUGUUCUGGUGCAUUGAUCUACAGUGGCCUGUACUUUAAUAUGGGUUCCCUGUGGAACUGGGUCUUCGUAGGAUUGUACAUUAAUAGUUCUUAUCAUGGGUUUACCUUUUUUCUUAUGUAUUAUAGUUAUUGUACAGAAAAUAAAAAUGUUCAAGAA